AGAGAAAGCACGGUCUUCUGGGAAAAUCGCUGCCAUCUGCAAAGUUCCAAGCUUUGAAGAUCUCAGUAAUGACUCGAGCUCCCCUUUGAGACUUCCCCUAUCCUCCUUUUCUCUCUUCAUUUAUAAAUACUUAUUCGAACUCUCCCGCCCCCUGGCUAGGAGAUGUGAGAGGGGUUGCCAUUUUUGUUGCUUCUUGCCUUGACAUCACAUCCGCGUUCCCUUCGUCAUGGCGUACGAUCUCACCAACUCGAGGGCGCGCGACCCGCUGAUUGUGAUGGUGGUCUUUACUUUCAUUGCUAUCCUGACUACCUUCAUGCGCCUGAAGGCCCGACACCUGAGGAGUCUCCCCUUAGGCCUGGACGAUUACUUGAUGCUUGUCGCCUUGUUUUUUUUGCUUGUCUCAGUCAGCAUUCAGUUUGCCUGCGUUCUUGCUGGAGGUGUGGGUAGACAUACCAAAGACGUCGCCCCCGCAGACGUGGUAAAAACACUGAAGCUUAUCCUUCCUUUCGAGGCCCUCUACGGCGUUACACUUUGUUUUCUGAAGACCUCGGUCAUCUGCUUCUACCUACGAAUCUUUGGCAACACAAAAUCGUUUCGCAUAUCAGCUUAUGUUGCCAUCGUAAUCCUCAUCAUGUGGGCUAUGAGCAUUGUGCUUGAGACCUUCCUACUUUGCCGCCCCUUAGCAUUCAAUUGGGAUCCUACUAUCCCAGGCGGUGUAUGCGGCCAACGCAACAAGGUCUAUGUCUCCGCUGGCGCGUUGAACGUAGUCACCGAUUUCAUGGUCAUGCUUCUCCCUGUUCCUCACAUUUUGGGACUACAACUCGCAAUUCGCCGCAAACUCGGUCUACUGCUUAUGUUCUCCUUGGGUAUUUUUAUUACCGUCAUUUCAAUCAUUAGAAUCAAAUCCCUUCAAGUCAUUAGCUUUACCGACCCUACCUAUACCCUCCCUAUGGGUCUCCUCUGGACAGUCCUCGAGCCCUGCCUUGGUAUAAUCAACGGCAACCUUCCCAUGGUGCGCACCAUUCUCAUUGCCUUCGCACCUGGCAUCUUCGGAUCCACCAACGACAACACUACAUCGAGAUCAAGAACAAUGGGCCUUUCCACGAAAGAGGGAAGGAGGACGCCAUUCCAUUUGAUCACGACCGGCGAAGAAAUCGAAAUGGGACGAAAUGGCAUUAUGGUUGGGCAAACAAAGAGUUCAGUUUGGGGAGGAAGCAAGCCUAAGGCCCGCGAGACGGAGAACGACACUGAUAGUGAGCGGGCCUUCGCGAAGGGUACUGGAAUCAUGGUAGGCACGACUGUCGACAUCGAGAGCGCAUAG